AUGGAGACUAGAAGCACCAGAGACGCGGCGCCCGACGCCGACGACGAGCUCUUCUGCGCGGUGAUGAACCCUGUCACGGGCAACUACAUCGACUUAUCACAUCUCUCGACCACGCCUAACAAGCUGGGCAAAGGGGAGCGACGCCGUAAGGGCACCGAGGACUCGGAAAAGACGCGGUGGGUGGUGCGGUCCAAGGAGACCGGGCUCAAUUUUACGCUCGGAGUGUGCUCGAGCCCCGCGUCCGAGGACGACGAGGUCGCCAACACAACGGGCGCGUUCUACGUGGACCCCGUGAGCAGCCGGCAGGUGUCCAUCGGGGAGUUCGCGACGCAGCCGCGGUUCAUGGGCAAGAAGCUGACGCUGGCGUACGAGGACGGCGACGUGUGCCCCAACGGCGUGGACGGCAAGGCCGCGCUGCUCAACUUCGUGUGCGACAAGGAGAUCGCGACCAAGGCCCAGGUGCAGUUUGUCGGGUCGCUGCACGACUGUUCGUACUACUUCGAGGUGCGCAGCAUCUACGCGUGCCCGACGUCACACAAGAGCAACGACGUGAACGUGCUGGGCAUUUUCUUUGGCAUCUUCCUGGUGUUCUUCGCCGUGGAGUGGGGCCGCCGCUGGUUCUAUCGCAAGAUGCGCUCGCGCAUGCGCUACACGGGCGGCGCGGGCUCCGCGGCCAGCGGUGCGGCAGACCGCAUGAUGAGACCCCAGUGGGAGAACGUCGAGGGCACCUCCUGGUGGCGGCGUGUGCUGAAACGGCUGGUGCGCGGGCGCGCGCGCCCGCGCACCGCCGCCAUCAAGCUCAGCUCUGCGCCUCAAUACCACAGCCCGAGCACGGACUCGCUGGUGAGGGACAUGGAGGCGCAGAACAGGCUGCUGGAUAACCUGGAGGCCGUGGGGGAGGACGCGACCACGGUCGUCGACUAG